GAAAUCAUCUUCUGUCUUUCUAAACAUUUAACGCUUCUUGUUUUUCAUGUUUUUUGGAGAAUCUGCGUUGCGCAACGUGAGCUGCUGCUGCUGCAGCCGCUGCGCGCGCACUCGCACACACACACACGCGCACACAGAUAGAUCCUGCCUUUGCGGAAGCCAGCGGAGCCGAGGCGGCGCUAAAUUAAAUUAGCAUACUAACUAGCCGUGCGCCGAUGUGGACGGACGGGUGAGCGGAGCUUCCUGAAGAAAUACACCUCUUCUAAAGUCAAGACACCACCGAUUCCGGGCUCAUUUUGUUGGGAUCCUGCUGCCGUCCGCCUGCCGAGGAGAUGGGGGACAAGGCGGGCACCAGAGUUUUUAAGAAGUCGAGCCCCAACUGUAAGGUGACAGUUUACCUGGGAAAGAGAGACUUUGUGGAUCACCUGGACCACGUGGACCCAGUAGAUGGCGUGAUCCUCGUCGACCCCGAGUACCUGAAGGACAGGAAAGUCUUCGUCACGCUGACCUGUGCGUUUCGAUAUGGCCGCGAGGACCUGGACGUGCUGGGUCUGUCUUUCAGGAAGGAUCUGUACAUCUCCACCUUCCAGGCCUUCCCUCCGGUGCCUGAGGAGCGGAAACCCAACAGCCGGCUGCAGGAGAGGCUGCUGAAGAAACUCGGCCAGCAUGCACACCCCUUCUACUUCACUAUUCCUCAGAACCUCCCCUGUUCAGUCACUUUACAGCCCGGCCCAGAGGACACCGGGAAGGCCUGCGGUGUUGACUUUGAGAUCAGAGCUUUCUGUGCCAAGUCAAUAGAAGAGAAGAUUCACAAGAGGAACUCGGUGCGUCUGGUGAUCAGGAAGGUCCAGUACGCUCCGGAGAAGCCUGGUCCUCAACCGAUGGUGGAGACGACCCGCAGCUUCCUGAUGUCUGACAGGUCCUUACACCUGGAGGCCUCUCUGGACAAGGAGCUGUAUUACCACGGAGAGCCCAUCAGCGUCAACGUUCACGUCACCAACAACUCCACUAAGACCGUCAAGAGAGUCAAGAUCUCUGUGCGUCAGUAUGCAGACAUCUGCCUGUUCAGCACUGCCCAGUAUAAAUGUCCAGUGGCCCAGCAGGAGGCAGAUGACCAGGUGUCGUCCAGCUCCACCUUCUGCAAGGUGUACACUCUGACCCCGACGCUCGACAAGAACAGAGAGAAGAGAGGACUCGCUCUGGACGGCAAACUCAAACACGAAGACACCAACCUGGCCUCUUCCACCAUUGUGAAGGACGUCACCAACAAGGAGGUUCUGGGGAUCCUGGUGUCCUACAGAGUCAAAGUCAAGCUGGUGGUCUCACGCGGAGGAGACGUGUCGGUGGAGCUGCCCUUCAUCCUGAUGCAUCCUAAACCCGUGGAGCCGCCGGUGUCCCGCCCACAGUCAGCUGUGCCAGAGAUGGACCCCCCCAUCGACACCAAUUUGAUAGAAUUCGACACAAACAGCAUCUCCCAGGACGACGACUUCGUCUUCGAGGACUUCGCCCGCCUGCGGCUCAAAGGCGCCGUGGACGACAAGGACGAGGACUGCUAGGAGCCCGCCGACCCCCAUACGCUCGCUUUGAAACCACCUCACACACACACACACACACACACUUCACGUUACAUUCCCCCGGUGGAGGGGAUGGAUGAGGGCACGUUUGGACGGAGGCCUCGCAGUGUUCUUCCUCUCUUGCUUCAGCCAUUCGUCAUGCCGCCGCCUUCUUCUCCAUCUGUCUCCUCUGUCUCUCUUUUAGCCGAAGGUCGAGAAACUGUAAACGUUAAGCAGCUGCGGGACAGAUGUUGGCGGCGCGGAUCGAACUCUGCUGCUUCUUUCUUUGCUGUCGGGACGUUCAGGUGUGGGGGGUGGGGGCGGGGGCGGGGCUUGUGAAAUACCGAGAAGGGUUGAGGCGAAAGGAACGAUCUGAUAAAGAAAUAAAGACGCGCGGGAAGCCGAAGAGUCGCAAAAGUGGCGUUCGUCCUCUUUUACUUUUGAAGUCUUUUUGAAUGUCGACCGUUUCCGCGGCGACGAUCACCAUCUUGUACAAACAGAAUAUAUAUUUGAAACAUAGAUUAAAAAAAAAAAAAAAACAACCUUCUGCGAGAAGCUGGGAUCUGUGUUCAGUGGUGAUCGCCGUUUUUCCUUCAAGUGAAUCCUGUAGAUGCUUUUCACAUCAUGGCUGCAAGGGGAGGAAACACACACACACACACACACACACAGUCACAGCAGUCUUACACAAGCGACUGAAGUUCGAUUUCACCAGCAUCCACCCUCCCGCUCGUCUCGCUCUGAACUUGAACCCCCCGUCGUCCAUUUUGUAAAACGUUUGUGCCGUUCGGCCGGCCGCACUGUUCCCUUUCUGUUCGUAAGAACCAUUCCAGCGUCGGCGGAGUCGUUUCCUUUUUGUUCAAACCGCUCGUGGAGUUUAAAGAACGCGUUCGGUACUUUUUUUUAAAAAAAAAAUUCCGCCCUCACGUUUUCCUCGCAGCUCAUUGGUUCCCGCUGAAGACGUAAAUCGGCUCGCAGAGUUUCGUUUUAAAAACUAAAGCAGCGAGAAAGUACGCCAGGAGACUUUACAGAAACUAUUAUUAUUCCUGUUGGUUAAAAUAAUUCCUGCACACAAAGCGACUGAAGUCUGGCGUCAAUCCACGUUUCUGUUGUCGCCAACAGAUCCCAUGAAACGGCUCGGCGCUGUAAUCUCUAACCGUCGUCACUCCGAGAGGAGGAAACGGUGCGUCUGUUAACGCAAAAUCCAGAAUAUACGGAGUCGCUGCUGAGAGUACAGAUCGCAGCGUUGUGAAAAUAAAGUCGGAUCUUUACCGGUCGGUUCCCGCUGAAGACGUAAAUCUUUAAAAACGGCAGAUGAAUCGUUUCGUUCUCACGCUGGACUCGUCUAAAGAGAAGCGAUUAUUAUAUAUUAAAGUCUUUUUUAAAAAGGGAAACAGUUUGUUAGUAGACGCACUCUCGGAGGAAUAAGCUACAUCAGACUUCGGACGCCGACAAAACUUGUUGGUGCAGUAAAUUCACUGUUCGUUCGAUUUGGUGACCGGAAGCAAAAUGUAGCACAAAAGGCAGAAAUCGGGUUUCUGAAGCGUCCCGGCUCCUUCGGUCGGGGCCGUUAUUGAUCGCUGAUGACGAGGAGCUCCAGUCGCCUGUUCUGUGAAGGAGCUGAAGGCUCACGCUCGCUUGUCGUUAACGAUGUUUCGGGCGCCGAGUCGUCGACCGGCUGAAGUCUGUAAAGUGGAGCCAGUUAAACAGUUUUCUUUCUUUUACGAUGCAAAGACGUCAACUUCCUCUUAAAGCGGCACUUUUGGCGUGAACGCGGAAACCGUUAAAAGAGCGCGGACUCUGAUCACGCUGGAAUCGUUUUUUAAACUUGGAUCAAACCUGAGUUGGACCUCGAGUCGCUCAAAUGUAAACGGAAACCGUCGGUGACUCGAUCGCAGCCGGUUUAAACGCUCAUCGGCUCGUUGAAGGGGAACACUGGUGUCUUUGUUCUUCAUCAUCAUCAUCAUCAUCAUCAUCUCUGGUUAAAACCAUCAGCACGACAUCUGUUUGUUUCUCGGUAAUUAGUUAAACUGCAUUGCGCCUUCUCGAUCUCACUGUUGCGACGAUAUCUAAAAACAACCGUUUCCAGUGAAGAACUGAGACGUAAUUCGAUCAUUUUUACGAUUAUUAAAUCAUUCAUCCCUGAUUAAAAUGCGUCAUUAGUUCCAGUGACUUUCAGCCGUUUUUUAAUGCAGGAAGUUUUAUUUUGGAAGGCAUAAAGUGUUUGUGUGUUUCUGCCCUGAAUUCUGACUGCCAGGCGGAGUAGUUCUUAUCAUGUGACCUAAAUAUGGAAACGGGAAGGAUUCGGUCACGUGAUAACAACUAAACCAUCUCCAUGACAACUGAGGGAAUCCAGGGAAGAAGACCACGCGAUGCUUGAGAGGCGUCGGACCUUGUGUUGAGAUUUGUUCGGGGGGAAUAAGACAUUUUCUUAAUUGUCGUAAUAUCACUUUUUAAAAACGUAUUCGUGUAAAAUAGAGGGGUUUUUUUAAAUUAUAAAAUUGCAAUUUUAUCUCAAACACCUUGACUUUUUGCCACUUUUCGACAUUCUUGCGACGUCGCGCCUUUAACUCGUCAGCUUGUCUUCGUCGCUGGAAGUCACGACUCUCCUCGUAAAUUUAAAUUUAUCUCUGAAUGACUUUCCUUCCUUUUCCCGUAAAAUCGUCACCGUAUUCUUGAAAAGAAAAUUCCAACUUUAGUAGAAUUGAUUACUGACUCUUUUCUCAGAAUUACAACCAUUUCAGCAAACGCACUCGCGAUAUUUCGACUUAAUUCUUAAUUUAAUCUGAUUUUUUUUUUGUUUUUCUCACAGCGGCCCCGACUCUCCUUUUUAAGUAUCGUACAAACGACCAAAUUGCACGUUUUAUAAAAGUGCCGUGAAAGCAGUGAACGAGACGCGAUCAGAAUAAACCGGACAGCACCAGUGUUUCCCUUCAAAUCCACACGAACCUCCUGCCUCCUCUUCUCCCGAACAUUUCGGAUUUUAUUUAAACUCGGACGCGACGGACUUCAGCAGCUCGGGUUUUAUUGCCCUCGACUAGAUCUUUUCUCUCCGUGCUCAUUCUUAAAAACGGAGAGCAGUUCAGAGCCGCUGCUUUCCAACGUUCAUUCCCCCCCUCCCAAAAAAAAACAAACCCUGCACAGAUCAACAUUUAACACGACACAAGAGCACUGCACUUUCAUUGGACGAAACAAACCCACAGACGCUAUUGUUUAUUUUUUGUUUAUUUCAGGAGACAAAGAAGAAGAAUGUUGGUCUUUUUUGACGCAUGGCGGUUUUUAGAAAUUGUUCGUUGUGUUUUUUUUCGAGCUUCACACAAACCAACAAACUUUCUUUGUAUUUAUUUUUUGUUUUUUUUUUAUCUUAAAACUGCCAAAAUUCCCUCCCUUCCUCAGUCAGUCAGUCAGUGGUUGAAGCUGCGACCCAGAGGGGAAGAAGAAGAAGAAGAAGAAGAAGAAACCGACGCGGAGCAUGUUUUCUGGUUUAAUUUUCCCCCAGGCAGUGCUGUGAAUCGUACGAGCUGUGAUUCUGUCCUUACUUUGUCGUGCAUAUGUGGGGUAACUUUGCUAAGUGUGAAAAUAUUUUGACAAGUGCCACGCCCCGGCCUGUGCGAUGCUUACCAUAAUGUCUAUAAAACAGGAAGUGAUUUCUGCUGGUGGGACGAACACCAGAAAAGAUAGGAUUAUGAUUAUUAUGCUUCUGAUUAUUAUUAUUAUUAUUAUGGUGACUAUUACUUCUACUGUAUCAUCAUUGCGACCAUGAUUAUUCUCAUAAUCAUUUAAGAGUCUAUUGUUUUGCCAUGUAUUUUUUAUUUUCAGAUUUUUAUUUUAGUUUUCUUUUUAUUAUUAAAGGCAAAAUGAACUAACA